UGUACGCUCACUUGUUUUGACAGCUCGCAGCUGAUUGACGUCGAAUGAUAGAAGCGAGACGAAUUAUGAGUAGAAUUUUCCGCCGCAGGAAAAGCGUGCGACGCGCGAUGGAAUAACGUUCACUUGUUCCACGCUACGCUGACAGUUGUAUUAAAUUUUAAUUCGCCAAGGAUGUCGGCGACCAUAGACGACAAGGUUGUCGCGGGUGCGAAGGGCUCCAACACCGUCAAGGAGGACCCGAUCGUGGCGCUGACCGAGAGAGUGAAGACUCUGUAUCUCUUCCGGGAUCGCUACUUUGAGACUCACUCCAUCGACGAGGCGAUAAAGAAGACCAACGACGUCGAGAAGGAGAUGCGGGACACGCUGAGCAAGUUCGACGAGUGCAAGGGAUACGAAAUCGACGGCUCGCGCGCCAAGUACUACUACCUGAAGGGCAAGGCUCUGAACGUCGUGGACCGUUUCAUGCCACAGGCAGAGGAGCUGCUGAGCAAAGCGGUGAAACUCGAGCCCAAGUUGAUCGAAGCGUGGAACGAGCUGGGCGAGUGUUACUGGAAGAACGACGACAUCAAGCAAGCGAAGAAUUGUUUUGUCGGUGCUCUGCAACAUGAUAGAAACAAGGUGUCCCUGCGAAAUUUGUCGAUGGUUCUCAGGCAGGAGCAAGCUUCGACUGGCGAACAGCGAACGAAAAAUAUUCAACAGGGCGUAGACUACGCUAAAGAGGCUGUAAGCCUUGACACGACCGAUGGAAUCUCCUGGGCCAUAUUGGGAAACGCCUACCUGUCUUCCUUCUUCACAGUGGCGCAAAGCCCGACGACCUUGCGUCUAUGCAUGUCCGCGUACAUGCAGGCGGAGAAAGAUAUCAUCGCGAGGAGCAAUCCAGAUUUGUUUUACAAUAAAGCGAUAGCUCUCAAGUAUCAGGAGGAGUAUAGCUUAGCGCUAGAAUCGUUCGAGAACGCGAUGGCGUUAGACCCACUGUGGGAGACCCCGCGCAAUAAGCGGGACGAGUUGUUGCAGUAUCUCAAGGAUGUGCACUAUUCGGUCAACAACAACGGAUACGUGAAACCGAAACGGCUGUACCAGCUGAUACGGGCAUUGGAUGUUAAACACUUAGGGCCGUACAAGGGCGGGUCGUACACGUCCGGAGAAAAGUCCAUCAAGCUGGACUUAAUACCGUUGAAAGACCUAGCGCUCGGCUUGAAUACGGAGAAAGUCGUGUUCGGGAAGGUAGUCUGCUGGAUACAAGACUCGGAUUGCGUCCCGUUUGCCUUUUGUCUCGUCGACGAGCAGAAGACGUGCAUGGUCGUCACCGUGUACAACCUGGCCAAGGGCCGAGGUGUCACGAUCGGUGAUUCCGUCGGCAUACCGGAACCUUUCGUCAUACAGCAGAAGUUCUCCUACAUGAAUAACAAUUUCAAUUACAGAUCUAUUCGGGUCGAAACCCCCGUUAUACUUGUGGUUAAUGGGAGAAAGUUGGGCCGGGAACAGGAAGCCGGAGCGAAUUUGCACACUUUCAAGAAAACGGAUUAAAUUUGAUAAGAAAGAGAGGAAAAAGAGAGAGAGCGAUAUGUUGACUGAGCAUCGGGUUGCACAGUUAUCAGUUACGGAUGAUUUCUGCUUCACCCUUGCUCUUUAUAAUUAAGGUAACGAUACAAUUCGUAUAUUUAGAUCCUUUAAGUUUCUCGGGUUCUUAAGCGUACUCUGAGGACACUUCAUUUAAAGCGAAUAUAUUUCGAAAACGUUGUAUAUCGCCAUCAAAAGUAAUAAUCGAAACUAUAUGUUACGACAGUUUCGGAAUAUUCAUGAGUGUUAUUAUGUUAAAAUUUCAUGAUGUUACGAAACAGUCGUAACGCAUCAUGUUGCCGUUAAUUUUACAACAAUUUUACAACGAUGUGUGAGGAAAAA